AUAAAAACAUUAGGCAUCCACGGCCAUCGACCGAUCGAUUUUCAGAGUUACUUCUCAGUUCUUUUCUUUUCCUCCUCUUUUUUUUUUUUUUUUUCCUAUUCGCCUUGUCAAAUGGUGGAACGCAAGUAUCAGUCGCGUACCAUGGAGGACAACGGCUCCUCGAGCACUGUCCUCGAGGAAAUCUUUUACGUAACGUCGAAGCGGAACACGUACUACAAGGUGAAGCUGACGGAGAAGGGCCUGAGCCUGCAGAAGGAGCACAACGGCACGGCGAAGACUGAGACGAUCUCCCUCGGCGACAUCAUCGGCUGCAGAUGCAUGCGUUCCAAGCGGCGAAACGCGGGCAGCUGCGCCUGCCGACCGGGCGCGUCCAAGUCGCAGAUGAAGCUGGUGGAGUCGGCCGAGCUCUAUCAGCAAUACGACGAGCACGACACGUCGGCGUACCUGUACAUAUACGCGUACAUCCUGAAGAAGAUGCGCAUGAAGGGGACGAUGAGGCGCGAGCGCACGACCAUCACCCUGCGUUUCCGCAGCUUCGACAAGUACGAGGACAACCUUCGGGAGGCGAGCCGGUGGCGACUGGCGAUCAAAUGCCUCGUCGCCAACGUGCCGGUGCCGAAGAACCUGAUGAGCCCCAGCCACGGGAACCUGGAGACCCUGGUCGGGGCGUGUCCGGGGGAGAAUCGGAAGCUUCUGGUAUUGUUGAAUCCGAAAUCGGGGCCCGGCAGGGGCAGGGAGACUUUCCAGAAGAGGAUCCACCCAAUCUUGUCGGAGGCGGAGAAGUCUUACGAGAUUCAAAUUACCAAGUGUCCUAAUUAUGCCCGCGAGUUCGUACGCACGAAAGAUAUUUAUCAGUGGAGCGGUCUUCUAAUGGUCGGUGGCGACGGGAUCGUCUUCGAGGUUGUAAAUGGGCUUUUCCAAAGGCCCGAUUGGGAGAAGGCUCUGCGCGAAUUGCCGCUCGGGGUGAUACCAUGCGGCUCCGGUAAUGGCUUAGCAAAGUCCAUUGCCUACGCUAAGAAAGAACCGUACGAUCGCAAUCCCUUGCUUAUCAGCGCGUUAUCGGCGGUUAAGUGCAAAAGGACGCCGAUGGAUCUCGUCCGUGUGGAAACUAGGAAUCAGAUACUUUUCUCAUUUCUGUCGGUGGGUUGGGGUCUUCUCGCCGACAUUGACAUCGAAAGUGAACGACUGCGCGCCAUCGGAGGACAAAGAUUUACCGUAUGGAGCGUAGCGCGCCUAAUAGGAUUACGAACGUAUAAGGGAAAAGUGUCGUAUUUACCUUGCAACAAGGAAAGUAUGGAAAACGGCAAUAUAUAUCACAAGGAAUAUGCCGCGGAGAAUAUAUUGUCGCAUUCGAGGAGUUACGGCGACGAAUUGGACAGGUGUUGUGUCGAGCCUGAAUCAGAACCGAAGAACUUCUACAAUACUUUUGGUGAAUCAUCCAACGAUUUAAACGGCUGCGAUGAUAACGACGUGAUAACGGAGAAUUUGGCUCUCGAGACGCAAGACGAGAGGAGACAAAGACUUGACAGUUUCUAUUCCGCAACAUCGGCGAAGUCGACUUACUUUAGCACAGGUUCAGCCUCGAGCUAUCACAGUAUGGACGAUGACGAUAGCACGGAAAUUGGUACAGAAAACAUCUGUAACAAUCAAGUCAUGUACGGGCCGUCGUCUACGCUUCCAGCACUAACAACGCAACUCUCAAAUUGCUGGACGACAAUUCAAGGAGAAUUCAUAAUGGUACAUGCAGCCUAUCAAACGCAUUUGGGACAGGAUUAUUUUUUUGCGCCACGUGCUACAUUAGCGGAUGGAGUUAUUUGGCUUUUAAUAGUUAAAGCCGGCAUUACACGGGCCAAUCUAGUGCAAUUUUUACUAGGUCUGAGUAGCGGGACUCAUAUCGCUUGUCCUGGCGUUGAUAUGAUACCUGUGAAGGCAUUCCGGAUAGAACCUAUGGAAGGAGCGAGUGGACAUAUAACUGUAGAUGGCGAAGAAGUUGAUUACGGACCGUUGCAAGCUGAGAUAUUCUCUUCCUUAGCGUCGGUGAUGACGCCCUGACAUAAGUGAUAAUUAUGCCUAAUUUCACAAAUGAUAUCAACAACAAAAUCAAAUAAUGUUCGAAUAUAAAUCCCGACAAAGGGUUUGUUCUAGGUUAGCUUAGAGUAAAUUAGUUAUCGUAGUAACAUCAAAUUGUUAAUAGAUAUUAAUACUUACGAAGGUAUUUCGGAUUGUAAAUUUUGAAUGACAAUCUAUGUAGGCUGUUUAAAAUUCAAAUCUAUUAUCUUGUGAUGCGCUCACGAAAAAGAAUUCUUUUUCCUUUUCAUAAUGAAGAGGUCAAUAAAUAAAUAUAUAUAUAUAUAUAAAAUUAUUUAUUAAUCUAGGGUUGAACGGAUUAUAUCUGUUGCAUCUUAAUAGAUACAUUCAGCUAUUUUGUAAAGUUUUCUAUCAGUUUGUACAGUGUAUCUAUACAUGCAACAUAAUGAUAUUAUUUGUGCUCACUAUUAAAUAUGUAAACUAUAAUAUUACGUGUAAGAUACUAUAUUUUGUUAUCACGUAAAAUAAAUUAAUGAAUUUGUUUUUUUAUAUAUAAAUAUUUUGCGAGUUACUAACCAACUGCAUCAGAAAAUUGUAAACUUUAUUAUCACAUUUUUUAAUAUAUUUAUAUCUUACAUCUCUAAUAUGCAAAACGAUAUUGCGUUGUUUACGAUUUGAUAUGUGUGCUGCAUAAAUAAAAUAGCGUUUUAACAAUGAGUAACACCGCAGCAAUCGAUUUGAUUACAUAUCAGAUAUUUGUUAAUUUUGUUUGUAAAUAAAAAGAACGAUGAUACAUUGAAAUUAUGAAUUAUAAGAUUACAACGAAAUUAAUUACGUAUGAUGUACAAAUCAUAACUUAAAACAGUUGUUGAGAUUUAGUUACCAGUUCUCCUAAUUAUAUCUCCCCUUUCAUUAAAAUUGUUUUCUAUGCGUAAUUAUUAUAUUUAAUAAAUGCAAUUUAGAUUGAAA